GUGAGGAACAUAUAAGGAGCAGAUUUGGAGACACACGAUGCACCAUGAUGAAAAUGAAGGUCGUCGUUUUGCUGCUGGCGGCGUUCUGCGGCCUCACUGUGGCCCAGUAUGGUUCAGACCUGUCAACCAUGAGAGAGAAGCUGGUGGCGCUCGAACAGCAAGUCCUCGAGCUGAGGAGGAAAGACUCGAUGAAAGUGACGUUCACUAGCUCAGCUGGAGAAGAAUACAGCGUUGGACCUUUUGACACCGUAACAACCUUAAUCUACAAAAAUGUUCUAAUAAAUGUGGGCAAUUGCUACAACAAGCUUACGGGGAUUUUCACUGCGCCCGUUUCAGGUGUUUACUUCUUCAGCUUCUUCUAUCACGACGGACAGGAACAUAGAACCAUGCUGAGCCUCUGCAAGAAUGACGAGGUAGUCGCCAUGACCCACGAUUACCCAAGACCCAGUGAAGGCUUCGCUGACAACGGAGGGAACGCCGUGUUCCUGCAGCUGCAGCCGGGGGACCAGGUCCAGGUCAAACUGGGAUCUAAUGCAACUGCUUGGGGAUCCAAUUUCCACACCACGUUCAGUGGGAACCUGGUCUAUCAAAUGUAAGCAAAGAAACGCCAAAAUAUACAGAAGCAUCUCAAUCCUUCUUUUUUAGGGAUGUAGAAUUUCUCAACACUUAUUUAAAAAGCAGAAAUGAGAUAUUUUAGAUCGACUGUUGCAAUAAAAACAUGACAAAGCAAUGAGAUUGACUGAGUGUCCUGCACUGGUAAUAAAAGAUGUGAAAUAAGAA